AUGCCACGCAACAAUCGCCUUUCUAUGGACGAGCAGGCUGAAAUCGACGUCAUGCGCGACCUGGGAUGGAGUGUUCGCCGGAUGAGCCAGCGGAUCGACCGCUCUCGAGACUGCAUUGCACGGUAUUUGCGGAAUCCACUCGCGUAUAAUACGAAAACUUUAACCGGAAGACCGAAGAAGCUGAGCGAACGUGAUCGCCGUUCAAUUCUUCGAUUGGCGUCGAACAGCACGAAGACGGCUAGCGAAAUCAGGGAAGAAUUGGGGCUCCAAACGUGUUCACGACUCAGAUUUGGCUAUUUGAUCAAGGGUACCGCUAAGGAGUACACUGCGCGACAAGAUCACAAGACUCGCGAUGUAGACGAACAGUGGUAUGGGGUUUAUUGCUUGCUUACCAUGAAAGAGACCAGGGAGUACGUGAUAGAAGAUGUAGACAAGCCUCUGUUUGAGCGAUCAAGUCCCAUAGAAGAGUGGUCGAGUGACAGCCGAGACAGUCCUCUCCUUGAGAUGAGCCGAUACGACAACGUCCCAUGCACUGGGCAAUCAUCACGAGUAUUGUUGCAGCACUCUUCCAGCCACGUUGAAGCUCUUCCAAGACCUUGGAGUGGACAGGACAAAGUCGAUCACAGCGAGAUGAAGGCUGGCAUCAAAGAAGUGGUCAUACCUCGUCUUGCUCGAAUCACCACG